UAAUAAUCAUUUAAGCUCCUAUCUUAUAAGAUCAUUACACUUCCAAAUAACAGUCAUCUUCUCCAAUACUUCCAUCUCUCUUUUCAAUAUUCAGAUCUCUCUCUCUCUCAUCAAUACUCCUCUCUUUCUCUCUUCCUCUGUUUUACAUUACAGUCAACACACUCUAUUCACCACCCUCUCUCUCCUCUCUUUCUCUCUCUUCUUUACUCCUAAGAAACCGCACAGAACCUGCUUUCUCUCUAUAAAUUGCCAUCCCCCAUUUCAAACUCCACCACCCAAAGCCCAACCCAAACAAAAGCUCGAAAAACUUAUAACAAUGGCCGUAACAGAAGCCUUGCCUUCAAAACCAGAGACUCCCAUCGAGAAAACCGAAACCUUUGCAGAGAAAACCGAAAUCCUCUCUGAAAAGACCCCAACUUUUACCGGAAAGAUGGUCGUAGACGAAGUUUCCGGCUGGCUCCAAAUUUUUGACGACGGCUCGGUCGAUCGCACAUGGACUGGCCACUCGGCCGUACUCCCCCUCAUAUCUGAGAUACCCCCCUCUCCUCCCUGCACCUUUGAGAUCUUUACCGGAAAAUACAACGCCCGACUCUACUUGCCGAAAAAAUUUCCCGGCGGGGAAAUUACGAAAGUGCCCCUCUUGCUCCACUUCCAUGGAGGCGGCUUUUGCAUAAGCCAGCCCGACUGGUACAUGUACACGCAGUUCUAUUCUCGGCUCUGUGACGCUGCCGGAGCAGCGAUCUUGUCAGUGCGGAUGAGGCGGGCGCCGGAGCACCGCCUCCCGGCCGCCAUCGAAGAUUGCUGUGAGGCGCUGAGAUGGCUUGGCCGAGUGGCGGACGGCUUCGAAGCGGAGCCGUUGCUUCAUGGGAACGUCGACUUCAAUCGCAUCUUCUUCAUAGGCGAUAGCUCGGGGGGCAAUUUGGUCCAUUGGGUGGCCGCAUGUGCCUUCAAAGAGAACCUCGUCUCCCCGAACAUGCGAAUAGCCGGCUGCAUACCGAUCCACCCAGGCUUCGUGAGAUCAACUCGGAGCGACUCGGAGCUGAAUCUAGAAUCCGACUCCUCCUUUCUCACUCUUGACAUGGUGGACAAGUUUCUCGCUCUAGCCGUUCCUCGUGGGGCCACCAAGGAUCACCCGUACACGUGUCCAAUGGGGGAGGCCGGAAUGGCUGAGAUCGAAGGGCUGGAAUUGCCUGAUUUCUUGGUCCCCAUAGCUGAGAGAGACCUAAUCAGAGACACCGAGUUAGAAUAUUGUGACUCGAUGAGGAGGAAAGGCUAUAAAGUGGAGGUUUUGAUGAGCAAAGGGAUGGGCCAUUGCUUUUAUAUGAAUAAGGUUGCUAUUGACUCGGAUCCCUACACAAAGGAGGAGACUGAUAAGCUUAUUGAGGUCAUUGUGGACUUUGUACACAGGCAUUGAAUGGUUUUUAGAGAGAGAGAGAUUGAAUGGUUUUUAGGAGACUGGGAGAAUGCAUUGUGAAUUUUGGAGCUGUUCUUUUUCUUGCCUUUUUUCUUUGGUGGGUCUGUUGGGAUGUUAAUUGUAUGCGUUGCACUUUUGUGUUGACCUCUUUAAUUUAUAUUAUGUGUAGCCAAAAGAUAUUAUGCUUCUGCAUGAGUAUACUGUUAAUUUAGUCCCUAGCAUUAAUAUUA